AUGUCAAACCGGCUUCUUCCACGGGAUCUUCAGAACGAAAUCCUGGUAAGACUACCCGUCAAAUCGCUUUUACGAUUCCAAGGUGUUUGUCAAUCAUGGAAAUCCUUCAUCUCUAGUCCCAGAUUUAUUUCCAUGCACACCCAAUAUAGUGAGAGCACCGACAAUUAUGCUCACCUAUUACAUUGGGAGGAGAAAAAUGAUAAAGACGGAGUGAUACAAUACCAAUUACACCAUAUCGAUGGUUCAUUCAACAAGUUUCAAAAACUUGAAUAUCCAUGCCAAAUUAGAGAUAGAGAGUAUAGUUUCGCCCUUGAAUGCAAAGGAUUAAUACUUUUUACUAUGACUAUGAUCAAAGAUGAGAUUGAUGACCAUCGUUUCGAGCCCCUGAUUCUUUGGAACCCUGCAAUUAGAAUGUCUAUCACGCUUCCUCGACCUUGCAUUGAUGUACCGGCCAACAGAGGCCGCUGUGUUCAUGGGUUCGGUUUUGACCAUAAAAGUAACGAUUACAAGGUGGUGAGAAUAGUCUAUGGACGAUACUCAUCCUUUUCACCUAAGGCGGAACUGUAUAAACUCUGCACAGGCACUUGGAAGACGGUUAAGGUUGCCGACGAUUUUAAGUAUACUAUAUAUGCAUGUAUGCAGGCUUUAGUUAAUGGGGCAAUCCACUGGCUUGGAAAUCAUUUAAGAGGUUGGCCAUCUUCCGGUACUGAAUUGGAAUUUGGUGUUGUGCUGUUUCAUAUUUGUGAUGAAGAAUUCCAAGUGAUGAAGUUUCCGGAUCAUCUUAUAAGUAGUUUGAAGAAGAAUUAUGCUGAAAUUGGGGUUUAUGGUGGAUUGCUUUCUUUAAUGGAGUAUAACCGGCAAGAAUUUAUUCAUUUCAGCUGCAGCAUUUGGUUAAUGAAGGAAUAUGGCGUAGCAGAGUCUUGGACUAAACAAUUUACUAUUGAUUUAAAGAAUGUGCUUUUCACUAGCAAGGGUGACCAACAAUUAACAACUAUGAAAGACAGAGGAACAUAUGGAAGAGCAAGACCAUCUGCUUUUAUUUGA